UCCCUCUGCCGGUUCUUCCCCGCGCCCCGCCCGCUCCCGCUCCCGCCGCCACGCGCCGCGCAGCCCUCAGUCGCGCGCUCGCCUGCAUCGCCGCCGCACUCGUCCCUCGAACCGAACGCCUUAACGCGGAGCCAGAGGAAUCCAACGCCCGCAACGUCCUUGAGGAUGAAGUCCAUGGUAAUAGUCAUCGCUGUGCUCGCCGCAUCGCAGGCAGCUCCCCAAGGGCAUGGGGGUAUCAGGUUCACGCAAAAGGAGUACAAUGGCCUACAGCAGGCGCUGGGCUAUCGCGUCCCGGUGGGCAUCUACAGCGCCAACCAAGUAUUUUCAAUGGUGGAGGAAUACCCCACAGACUACAUCGUCCUCAACCUCCCCGGUCUGAGCGCUGGCGGCGGAAGCGGCUACGCGUCACGCAGUGGAAUUGCUCAGGCUAGGACUGGUGCUUUGCCUGCUGACGACGAAGUAGCUGACACUUUCAGCGAAGUGGCUGAAGAGGCCGUAGAGGCCGUCGAAGAAGCUGCAGAAGCUGCAGAAGUAUCCAUCAACAGGAACCUGUUGGUGCAGGAGGCCGUCCUUGCCAUGCAGGAGCAGCAGUCUGCGGCCUCGGGAGGAGACGUCGUGGAAGGCAGGAGCAGCUCUUUACCAGCAACGGAUGCACUCAACGAGAUGGAAAUUCCAUCGGUACCAGCAGAUGUCACAGGUUCAUCGCCUGUAGAAACCGCAGUAAGAUCAACGGGACUCGAAGCCACAACUGCAACAGAGACAGAAACAGCAACAGAAACAAUGGCAACAUCAGCAGCAACUGUAACAGAAGCGGCAACAGAAACAGAGGCAACGACUAUGAUGACCGAUACAUCAGCUCAACCGGCAGCUGCUGGAUUGGCUGUUGACGCUGAAGAAGCAGCUGCUGCCGUCCAAGAAGUAGCUGCCAUUGCUGAUUCCGUUCGGACCAAGCGUCAGGAGACGGAACUCACGGCUGUUGACGACCUUUCCUUUGCCCUUGCUGGCCUUGGUUCGCUCAUAGGAUCCAAUGUUGGUCGGUACCUAGACGCCACCUUUAGUGCUAACGUGGACCUCAUCCAAGGCUUCGAGAACACCGGGCUCCUUGUCCUCGACCAAGUGGAGGAUCGUCUCAGGAAGCGCCAGGAACGGCUGAAUAAGCUCAGAGCUGCUUCCUCUUCCUCUUCUUCCUCCAACAGCUAAACGUGACUCCUCAGGGAAACAUUCGCCGUCAACUGCUGUUCCUCGCCUGUCAGUCGCAUUCAUAACCGGUUAUAUUACUAAAUCAGCAUCAGCAAAUUUGAACGCUUCUCACACACGCAGCAAAAGAUGACCCGGACGAAAUGUUGCAGCGUGCUAGAAGUUCGUUUUUUUCCGCCCAGAGGCCCUUUCUCCUACUAGAAGCCUUCGCCGGCCAACCGUCAGCAGUUGCCAGCCCGCCGAGUGACCCCAACUGUCCAUGGCUUCACUAGUUGUACAGAUUUAUAUGUUACUGUUAGUUUUAUUUACAUCUUUUACGUUUGUUACAAUAUAUAAUCGAUACAAGUACCCGAUUUCAGACAUGCACAUAAAAGACACACGCAGCCAUUUUGAUUUUACAUAAAAAUCCAUACUUUAUAUGAUUUAGUUGACGAAGAAGUAAUAGGAUUUAUGGGUACAUGUAUAUAUACACAUCUCUGUUUGUUGUGCAACGUUUUAAUGUAGAUCAUUAAACUUAUGAUACAUACAUAAAUACGUUCAUUUAUAUAU